GAAAGAUCGUUUACUUACCCCUCAUUUGUAACCAACGGACGGCUAUUUACUUGCUUUACCUUCUCCUCGAACGAAACGAAACGAAACGAAACACAAGAAAUAGCACGACGCAUUCUGUACACCUUGAGAGCUUUCGAAUACCUUGAGAGCUUGACUUCACACACGAGCAGGGACGAAUUAAAAGAAAGAAGAUCGAAAUAAGACAACAUGCCUGCGGAUACUGUUGGAAAGACUAUUACCUGCAAGGCUGCAGUUGCUUGGGAAGCAGGUCAAGAACUCAGUAUUGAGGAUAUUGAGGUUGCUCCUCCUAAGGCGAAUGAAGUGAGAAUUGAAAUUUAUUACACGGGAGUUUGUCAUACUGAUGCAUACACACUUUCCGGCAAAGACCCCGAGGGAGCUUUCCCAAUUGUUCUCGGACAUGAGGGUGCUGGUAUUGUUGAAUCUGUUGGUGAAGGUGUAACAUCUGUUAAACCAGGAGAUUAUGUUGUUGCUUUAUAUACACCAGAAUGUAAAGAAUGUAAAUUCUGCAAAUCUGGUAAGACCAACCUUUGCGGAAAAAUCCGUGCAACUCAAGGAAAGGGUGUCAUGCCAGAUGGUACAUCCCGUUUCAAGUGCAAGGGCAAAGAUCUCCUUCACUUUAUGGGAACAUCUACUUUCUCUCAAUAUACCGUCGUUGCCGACAUCUCCGUUGUUGCUAUUACCCCAGAAGCUCCUAUGGACCGCACUUGCUUGCUUGGUUGUGGUAUCACUACCGGUUACGGAGCCGCUGUCGAAACCGCUAAAGUCGAAGAAGGAUCUACUGUUGCCAUCUUCGGUGCAGGUUGUGUUGGUCUCAGUGUAAUUCAAGGAGCGGUACAAAAGAAAGCUUCAAAGAUCAUCGUAGUCGAUGUAAACUCAUCCAAGAAGGAAUGGGCUGAUAAAUUCGGUGCAACCGAUUUCGUUAACCCAACUGAAUUGAAGGGUCAAAGUAUUCAAGAGAAAUUAAUCGAAAUGACCGAUGGUGGUUGUGAUUACACUUUUGAUUGCACUGGAAAUGUUGGCGUUAUGAGAGCUGCUUUGGAAGCUUGUCAUAAGGGUUGGGGUCAAAGUAUUGUUAUUGGUGUUGCUGCUGCUGGACAGGAGAUUAGCACUAGACCAUUCCAACUUGUUACUGGACGUGUCUGGAAAGGUUGUGCAUUCGGAGGUAUCAAAGGUCGUUCCCAAUUACCUCAAUUGGUCGAUGAUUACAUGCAAGGUAAAUUGAAGGUUGAUGAGUUCAUUACUCAUAGACAACCUUUGAACGGAAUCAACCAAGCAUUUGAUGAUAUGAAGAAGGGUGAUUGUAUUAGAUGUGUGGUUAACAUGAGAGAAUGACUACCGGGCACGAAGGAAAAUGAAAAGGCAAGGCUGUGAGAUAUGUAUAGUGGAAAAUACUAGGUUGUGAUGAUAUGACAGAAAUGAAAAUUGUAUAUGAAAGGAUCAUUGAGGUUUGGGGUGCGAUUUUGUGAUGUUGAGUUGUUCAAUUGUUUGAUUGUGUGGGUGUGUGGAUAUGCGAACGAGUUUUUGUCGGAUUCGAAUUUGGAUUUGGUUUCAGCGUGUUCAAUGUACUUACUUGAUAUUAGGAUUAUGUUGUAUAUGGAAUGCGCAUUUCCGGAAAUAAAUUCUGUCUGGA